ACAGGUUUUGUCAUAAAUAUAAUUCCAGCAGGUCUUUACAGUUUCUUCGACAACUAUAUCUAUAAUGCCACCAAGCCAGGUCAGAAAGGUCACCGAAACUGUCCGUAGCGACCAUACUCAGUGGCAAUGCAGCAGCUGUCAGACCCUUAACAGCAUUACAGAAGAGAUCUGCUCCAACUGCUCAAGAUCACGCGUAGGCCAGUCCUUAGCAGUGACGGCUGGUGGGGAAAUAAUUGGGGGAAAUGCUGGAAAGAAUUCUGCAGGAAAGGAAGAGUGGUACUACAAUGUUACUGUAAACGGGAAUUAGGUACUGAUUAGCCGGUUGUGUACUAUUGGUAUACGAAAGAAGGAGAUAAAGGCACGGAAAGUAUUUGGUCCUCGAUCCUUGCUUGGGGGGAUGCGAGGUCCACAUGUAUGAUUUGGGGCUACACUUCUCAGGCUUAUUAUAACUUAAUAUAUUCUUUCUUCUUCC